AUGGCCGGACAGGAGACGUACGGGAACUGGCUGUGCCCGCCACCUCCUCCAGCCAAGCGACUGGUGAGACAAGCAGGAGUUUACUCCAUCACAGGCAAAAUGACACCGGUGGGCUCCUUCCGACCAGACUCCCCCGACAGCUUUGUCGACGAGGACGACUACGACGACGUGUCGCUCUCUGAGCCCGAUCACAACCACAAGAAGCUGCCGGCUGAAGACGACCUGCAAAGCCAGGGGAACAAGGGAGGCAGAGGGGUUUAUGUCUUAGCAGGGAAACCAGCGUCUUCGAGUCCAAUCAGAACGGGUGACUCAGAGGCCAGAGCCGGCGUGGGAAGAGGUUGCCGAGAGAAGCGGGUGGCGAUCCUCUACGUCCUGGUGGUGCUGAGCUUCGCCAUGUGGGCGGCCGUCCUCGCGCUCGUCGUGGUGAAAUACUCGGAGCUUGCGGCGGAGUUGAAGACGUUGAGCUCUAACUACUCCGAAAGCGUGCUGCAGGAGCUGGCCGAGACGCGACGGGGACAAGCCCGCAUGAGGACCAAGAUGUCCAUCUACUACAAGGAGCUACAGGACAUCACAGCACUGAUCUGCAAAGCCCUUCCGGAGAGCAGCAGGUGCUCAGCCGGCUGGAAGAUCUUUGAGAAGAGCUGCUACUCCUUCUCCACGGAGACCAUGAGCUGGGAGGACGCCAGGCAGAUCUGCGCGGAUCAAGGCUCUCACUUGGUCGUCGUUAACACAGACCAGGAACAGAACUUCCUAAAAGACAAUAUUAACAGCAGCAGCACGUACUGGCUGGGAGUGACCGACAAGCUGGAGGAAGGUAUCUGGCUCUGGAUUAAUGGGGAAGCCCUGAGCAUCAGCUACUGGAACACCUGGAGAAAAAAUAAAGACAAAGAGCAGCAGGAUUGCGGCAGCAUCGGGCCCGACGGCAUCUGGAUCGACGACAGAUGCUCUCGCGCCCACCGCUGGAUCUGCGAAAAGUCCUGGCACUGCUAGUUCGCGCCGGGCGGCUCGGAGGGAGCCGCGUACCGGCCGCUGCGGCUCGUCCUUGCGAGCAUCGCCCCCCCGCCAACACCCUCGAACCCCGGGAAAAUUACAUUUUCGGGUUAAAAUCCCCGGCGAGUGAACUGAGCCGCCAGAUUAAAACCCGCUUA